UUAAACUCAGAACCAACAACAAACGGACCGGUCCAGCAGAAACACACCAGAGACAAAACAUUCCACGUCAGAAACAGGUAAAACAUGUUGAAGUGGACCGUGAUCCUGUCUUUAUGUUUGAAUGUCUCCUCUGCAACAUUUGACUAUCUAUACGAGCAGAGAUCCUUCAUGGAUCCGGAGGAUAUUCUGACUGUGAGCAUUCCUCUGGAGGGCUUGCAGCGUCCUCUGCUGGGAGAAACUCUGCUGCUGCCCUGCUACUUUCAGGACCACUCUGCUGAAGAUUCUGCUUCCUUUUCCCACCGUAUCAAAUGGAGCUAUGUCACAAAGGAAAAGGCGACUACCAUUCUUGUGGCUUUGGAGAGACAGGUCCGCAUCAGCGAAAGUUAUCUGGACAGAGUUCAGCUGAGGAGCUACCCCCAGACUCCAACAGACGCCAGCAUCACAAUAUCAGCGCUACGUUCCAGUGACACGGGAGUGUAUCGCUGUGAAGUUCAGACUGGCAUUGAGGAUGCCUAUGACAUUGUGCAUGUCCUUGUUCAAGGCAUCGUGUUCCACUAUCGGCCCUUUAUGGGUCGCUACACUUUGAGUUUUGAGAAAGCGAAGGCAGCAUGUGCCCAGAACAGUGCAGUCAUUGCUUCUCCAGAGCAGCUUCAAGCCGCAUUCGAAGACGGUUUCCACCAGUGCGACGCUGGCUGGUUGUCUGAUCAAACAGUGCGGUACCCAAUCCAUGAGUCUCGCAUAAACUGCUACGGCGACAAAGAGGAACUCCCAGGGGUCAGGACGUAUGGCAUGAGAGACCUCAAUGAGACAUAUGAUGUUUACUGCUUUGCAGAUAGGAUGCCAGGCAGAGUUUUUCACAGCACCUUUGCAGGGAAGUUCACCUUCUCUGAGGCUGCGCUGGCGUGCUCCUACCAAGGAGCUCGGCUGGCCACCACAGGUCAGCUGUACCUUGCAUGGCAGGGCGGGAUGGACGUCUGCAAUGCCGGCUGGCUGAGAGAUGGGAGUGUCCGCUACCCCAUCAAUAUUCGACGGCCACAGUGCGGAGGGGGUCUGCUGGGGGUGCGAACAGUUUAUCUCCACACAAACCAAACAGGAUACCCACUUCCUGGUUCUCGCUAUGAUGCCUUCUGUUACACAGAUUCCCCUGAUGAUGAGGGUUCAGGCGCAGACGAGGGGAGUGGUGUUGUGAUUAUUACCACAGUGACGAAGAGGCCAGAGAUGUUCUUCAGCAAGACGACCACAGAGAGCGAAGCAGUUGGAGAGGUGGAGACCCAGCAGCCAUUCGAUCUGAGCUUCACCAACAGCCAGAAGCCCAACAAGCUGCCACUUCCUCAGCCAACAAACUUCACAGACUUCACCUUUGACCUUAUUGAGGCCGUCACCAACCAGCCAGCUCUACAAAAGGAGCCCAACAAAACCUCUGUCAUCUCUCCAGCAGGCGUGGUCUUCCAUUACCGCUCACCCGCUGGCCGUUAUGCUCUCACAUUCGUUGAGGCUCAGUUGGCCUGCCAGGGUGUCAGAGGCUCCAUGGCCACACCACAGCAGCUGCAGCAAGCAUACGAGGAUGGAUACCAUCAGUGUGAUGCAGGUUGGCUUCUGGACCAGACUGUGAGGUAUCCUAUCGUAUUUCCUCGAGAAAAAUGUGCUGGAGAUCUUGGAGAUCAGCCUGGAGUUCGGACGUAUGGCCUAAGACCAGCAGAGGAGAGAUACGAUGUUUACUGCUACACCGAGGAGGUCAAAGGAGAGGUUUUUCAUGUGGGAUCUGCUGAGGGUUUCACCUACGAUGAGGCUGCUUCUGCCUGUGAAAACCACAGUGCGGUUCUGGCCUCCACUGGAGAGCUCUACGCAGCCUGGAAACGAGGCUUGGACAAGUGCCGAGCAGGUUGGCUACUGGACCGCAGCGUUCGCUACCCCGUCAACAGCCCCCGGCCUGGGUGCGGAGGAGAGACAUCAGGGGUGCACACUUUGUACUCUCCUCCAAACCAAACACACUACCCUGAACCUGAUGCCAGAUUUGAUGCAUACUGUAUAAGAGUUGGCUUUCUGUCAAAUGAAACUGAACUGAACAUCACAGAUAUCCAGAAGGCUCCACCUAACCAGACAUUGGAUACUGAAAUAUUAAGGCCUUAUGGUUUCUUCAUCGUUCCUCCCAUUCCCGUGGAGAUUUCAGGUUCUGGCUCUGGUUCAGCAGACUUUGAUUCAGGCUCUGCAGUAGAUAAUUCUGGAGUACAAUUUAACUCAGGAGACCGGGUUACCUCUGGAGAUCAGUCAGGAUCUGGAGAUCAGCCUGGAUCUGGAGAUCGAGUUAACUCUGGAGAUCAGUCAGGAUUUGGAGACCAGGUUAACUCUGGAGAUCAGUCUAGUUCUGGAGAUCAGCCUAGUUCUGGAGAUCAGUCUGGUUCUGGAGAUCAGUCUGGUUCUGGAGAUCAGUCUGGAUCUGGAGACCAGGUUACCUUUGGAGACAUAUCUGGUUCUGGAGGCAAAAUCCCCAUUGGAGACCAAGAUGGGUAUACAGACACUGUGGUGAGCAGCGGAGGAUCCGGUUUGGCCAGUGCAUCUGGUUCAGGAUCAGGACUCAGAGUUGUUUUCUCUGGACCCGACAUUGAAGCAGUAGAGGGAUCAACAUCAGGAGAACCUCAAGAGGCUGGAGAAGGAAACACAGAUGUUCUUAUAUUUCCUUUGUCUGCAGCUGAUUCUGGGGAACUCAGUGGAAGUGGAGAUAAGUCCGAGUCUGGAUCUGGAUCUGACUUCAUUGAAAAAGAUGCUGGACAUCUCAGUGGCAUGGGUCACAUCUUGGAUCAGGAGUUGUCAGGUUUCAUUGGAUCUUUGUCUGGAAGUGGACGAUCUGGAGACAUUUCUGGAAGUGGAGAUGCUCCGAUCCUAAGAAUAGAUGACAAACUAAUUGAUGCAAAGAAGGAGUACAACCUUGAUGGAGGUCCGUUAGAUUUCAGUGGUUCUGGGAUUCUCAGUGGGUCAACCUCUGAAAGUGACUCCGAGUCUCUUACUGGUGUAACUUUUAUGGGUUCAGGCUUCACUAAACUUAUUGGGUCACAUUCUGGAGAACAGGAGGAGGCGACUGGGGAUUUAUUCUACAGCUCUGGACCAGAAAGUGGGGGACAGAUGUCUGGAUUUAGAAUCUCAAGUUGCAGUUUUGAGUCUAGAGCUGGAGUUUCUGGAUCUGGUUUCUCUACAUCUGAAACAUCAACAACCAAAGGUGAGGAAGAGGGCAGUGCUGCAUUUUUCACUCAGGGUCUAAUGAUAGAAAUACCUGGAAAUGAUAAGGUGCCUCUGGAGCUGGGAGAAAACUCAGUGGAGUACAGUGGAGAAGCAAGUGGCAACAAUGGUUUCUACUCCGGGGAUGGAAACAAGGACUUAGCUGACGAUAACACCUUCAUGUCAGGGGUUUCUUCUUCUGGAGAUUCUUCUGAUCCACUGGUGGUGGUCCCACCCGCUCCAUCAGUUGACCCGGCACUAACAGAACCCAUCAUAAGAACAGAGGAAGAUAUUCAUGGGACUGAACUGACGCACAACUCCAGAGUUUAUGAUUCUCCAGGUCCAGCAGUUGUCCCUGCAGGAUUAGCAGCUCCUCCUGCAGAAGUCAAACCAGCUUUUGUACAAACACCAUCUAUCCGAGAAGCUUCCAGCCCAUGUGAACCAAAUCCUUGUGGCAAUGCUUCCUGCACAGCAGAGGAAGGGGUUGCUUUCUGCUUUGAGGCAGAAGUGUGCCAUCCCAACCCUUGUACCAACGGAGCCACCUGUGUGGAGAGCGCAGACUCUUUCAAAUGCUUAUGCCUGCCCAGCUACGGAGGGGAACGCUGUGAGAUCGAGGAGCAGCGAUGUGAAGACGGCUGGACGAAGUUCCAGGGAAACUGCUACCUGCACGUCUCUGACAGGGCAGAGUGGCUGGAGGCGGAGCAACGCUGUCGGCACCUGAACGCUCACCUGGUCAGCAUCAUCACACCAGAGGAGCAGCAGUUUGUCAGCGCGGAUGCGCAGGACUACCAGUGGAUCGGCCUGAACGACAAAACGGUGGCGGGCGAUUUCCAGUGGACGGAUGGCUCUCCACUGCAAUAUGAAAACUGGAAGCUGAACCAGCCAGACAAUUUCCUCAACUCAUCAGAGAACUGCGUGGUUUUGAGCUGGCAUGAGAGCGGAAAGUGGAACGACGUUCCCUGCAACUAUCACCUGCCCUUCACCUGCAAGAAGGGGCCAGUGUUUUGCGGCGCUCCGCCUGUGGUGAAAAACACGCGCAUGUUUGGAAACCGGAGGUCGGAGUUUCCCGUCAACUCCAUCAUCCGUUAUCAGUGCAACCCGGGAUUCAGACAGCGCCAUCUACCUGUGGUCCGCUGCCAAGCUGACGGGACCUGGCAGAAACCCAAAGUGGAGUGCACAGAUGUAAAAGCCAGGAACAGAAUAAAACGCAGGAGCAGCAGGAAAUCAGCAGUGAGCGGAAAAAACAAAUGAAAUUAAUUAAAGUUUUUAAAAGCAAGAAAAAUCUUUUCACAUAAUUUUUAUAAUAUAAAUUAAAAUGCUUGAAUUCUCAUUCUGUGGGUGCUACGUUGUGGUAGCACUUGUUUAAAACCUUCAUCCCUUCUCACUAUUAGAUUUAAUGUUGUUAAUUGUUUUAUUUUACAUAAAUGAAGUCAAAUUGUUGCUGUUAGUCUUUCUUUUCCUUCAUCAUGUUCUUACAGAUGAAGAAUAAGGAAACUUAAGAAAUGAAAGUUUGGUUUGGAUUUUAUUUUUUAAGUGUUUCUUCAUGGUAGAAAUGGGGGCCUGAGAUUUGCACAUCCAUCAUGCAAACGAUGGCGCUGAAUACAAAUGUAAUAUCUGACUGAGAAAAAACUGAUAAAGCAUAUUUUUUUAACUUUAUCUAACCUUCGUCCUUUUUUUGAUCCAGAUUAGCCGCCAUUUGUGAAGUUGCACAGUUGAAAAGUGGAAGCAAUAAUUUGUGUUAUUUAGCCGAUUAAAGAUGGUUUAUUGUUCAAUAUUAUAUUUUCACCAUGAUAUUUAUUAAUUUAUAAA